UUUAUCUUGGAAAACUACGCAUUCCCUGGUGGACUCAUGAUCAGGACUGACUCUCACACACCGAAUGCGGGAGGUUUGGGUAUGGUUGCCUGUGGUGUUGGGGGUGCCGAUGCUGUUGACGUCAUGGCAGAUAUUCCUUGGGAAUUGAAGUGCCCUAAUGUCAUCGGUGUGAACCUUACUGGCAAGAUUGGAGGCUGGACUACGCCCAAGGACGUCAUCCUGAAGGUCGCUGGCAUUCUCACUGUCAAGGGUGGAACUGGUGCCAUCGUUGAAUACCACGGUCCUGGUGUCGAAUCAUUGUCAUGCACGGGUAUGGCCACUAUCUGUAACAUGGGUGCUGAAAUUGGCGCAACUACCUCACUCUUCCCCUUCAACCGUCGUAUGGUCGACUAUCUCAACGCUACCAAGUGUUCCGAGAUUGCUCAAUACGCACAGCGCUUUUCACACAACCUUAAGGCUGAUGAGGGCUGCGAGUACGACCAGAACAUCGAAAUUAACCUCUCAGAACUCGAGCCUCACAUCAACGGUCCCUUCACUCCUGAUCUUGCUACCCCUCUCUCAAAGUUUGCAGAGGAGGUCAAGAAGAACAACUGGCCCCAAGAACUUAAGGUCGCUCUCAUUGGUUCCUGCACUAACUCUUCAUAUGAGGACAUGUCACGCUCUGCUUCCAUUGCCCGCGAAGCUACCGAGCAUGGCCUCAGUGUCAAGAGCAAGUUCACGAUCACUCCUGGUUCUGAGCAAGUCCGUGCUACCAUUGAAUGUGACGGUCAAAUUGGUGCUUUCGAAGAGGUCGGCGGUCUCGUCCUGGCUAACGCAUGCGGUCCUUGCAUUGGUCAAUGGGACAGGCAAGAUGUUAAGAAGGGCGAGGUUAACUCAAUUAUCACCUCCUACAACCGUAACUUCACUGGCCGUAAUGAUGCUAACCCUGCCACCCACGCUUUCAUCGCCUCCCCGGAUAUUGUAACUGCCAUGGCCUUCGCUGGUGACCUCACCUUCAACCCGGUUUCGGACACCCUCAUUGGUUCUGAUGGCAAGCCUUUCAAGUUCUCGGACCCUACUGGUAAUGAGCUUCCUCCUCGCGGCUACGACCCCAGCCAAAACACCUUCCAGCCCCCUCCUGGAGACCGUGCUAGCGUUUCGGUUGCAGUUGACCCUAAGAGUGACCGUCUUCAACUCCUCCAUCCAUUCAUGGCUUGGAAUGGCGAAACA